AUGAAUAUUAACCUUAGAAACGCUAUUUUGAAAGCCACGGAUCCUAAACUCAGGACAGACAAUUGGCAAUAUAUCAUUGGGACUUGUGAUAUAGUUAAAGAAGAUCCUGAAGACAAUGGCAAGGAAGCUAUAGAACUCAUUGAAAAAAGAUUGGAACAGACUGAUGCAAAUGUGAUCUUAAGGACAUUAUCUUUAAUCGUAUCUUUGGCUGAGAAUUGUGGGUCACGAUUGAAACAGCUCAUUAGCUCUAAAAAACUCACCGCUAUUUUAUUCACAUUGAUUGAAAAGCAAAAUAUUCAUAUAACUGUGAAGAAAGAAGUCGCAAAAGUUGUAUCCCAAUUAGCUGAUUCUUUUAAGAAGGAUCCAUCUUUAAAGUCGAUGAAAGACUUACAUAAGAAAAUUAAGAAAGUUGCCCCUUACUUAUACGAAAAACCGGAUUCAUUACCACCAAAGACACAAAUGUCGUCUUCAUCGAAGGAUAGUGAAGAAAAAGAAUUAGAAGAAGCUCUGAGAUUAUCUUUGACUGAAUAUGAAAAGCAGCAGCAGCAACAUCAAGUUGAGCGAUCGACACAAAAUAUCUCAAUGGAUUCUUCACAACAGAGUGCCAAUACUAGUGCUCAAAAUCAAUCAUCUCAGCCUCAAAGUAAUUAUUACUAUAGUACUGAACAACAACAACAACCCACAAUUGUAAGGAAAGUACGAGCACUAUAUGACCUAGCAGGCAGUGGCUCUGACGAAUUGUCAUUCAAAAAAGGUGAUGUAAUUAUGGUCUUGGAACAAGUUUAUAAGGAUUGGUGGAAAGGGAAACUACGUGAUCAAACUGGCAUCUUCCCUUUAAAUUAUGUUACUCCAGUACCAGAACCUACUUCUGAAGAACUACGAUUGGGAAAUGAAAGAAUUGCCUCUUUGCUACAACAAAAAAGAACGGUAGAUCAAUUACACUCAACGUUAAAAAUGAACAACAGUACAGCAAGCCCUACAGCAAUUAUUCAAAACCAAGAAGUUAAUGAUGUUUAUAGUUCGGUAACUCCAUUAAGACCCCAAAUUACUAGAAUGAUAGGUUCAUUGGCACAAGAAAAAGAUGAUCUAAACUCAUUGCGUGAAAUAUUAGCUAACGCAGAAUCUACUUAUUCUAAGCUAUUAGACAAUGCAGCAAAUACUUAUAAACCUUUUGUUACACCAUCUGCAUACCAGCCAUCUGCACCUCUAUAUCAAGGUAAUGCCACAUUUGGUUCAUCUAAUACGAAUUAUCUGAGUAACGGAUCAGGUCCACAAAUACAACUGCAAAAUGGGAUGGCUUACUCUCAAGCACCACAACCACAACAACCACAGGCCCAAACAAACCCUCAACAAACCCUCUAUCAGGCACCUCCAUUUUAG